AUGGAGAAACUGGCACUUGCCCUGGUUGUUAUAGCUCGCAUGCUGCGAUCGUAUUUUCAAUCGCACAGGGUAGUGGUGCUGACAAACCAUCAAUUGAAACAGGUGAUGUCUCGACCAGAAGCACAGGGUAGUGGUGCUGACAAACCAUCAAUUGAAACAGGUGAUGUCUCGACCAGAAGCUUCUGGAAGAAGGCACAAGUGUUAGCAGAUUUCGUAAUGGAGCUAUCUAGUGAUCCUGAAGAGCAGAGUUGCAAAUGGAUGCUGCAUGUGGAUGGAUCCUCGAAUGCCAAUAAUGGGGGUGCUGGGAUAUUAAUCGAAGGACCAAAGGAGGUAGAGAUCGAAGUUGCAGCUCGUCUAUCAUUCCCUGUUACUAAUAAUGAGGCCGAGCAUGAAGCAUUGAUUCAAGGAUUAGAGCACGCAUAUGAAGCUGGAGCUAGGGAUUUAGAAGUUUUCACAUAUUCUCAGCUGGUCGCAUUGCAAAUUGAAGGCACAUAUGAAACAAGAGAAAAAACGAUGACUUCAUAUAGAGAUAUAGUUAAGAGGUGGAUGGGCAAGUUCGGUAAUUGCUCUAUCUUACAAGUACCAAGAAUGGAAAAUGAUAAAGCAGAUGCCUUAUCAAAAUUUGGAGCAACCAUGACAGGAAUCAAAAAUCAGAAGAUAACAACUUUAGUUCGAGAACAAUCGGUUAUCAUAGAGAAGAUUGAGGUCCAAGCAGUAUUUGAGGUCGAAUCGUGGAAAGACGAAAUUGACAAGUAUUUAGAGGAUGGCACCUUGCCUAACGACCCAUUUAAGGCAAAGAGAGUGAGAUUUCGAGUUGCACGUUUCACCUUAUUAUCUGGUCAAUUGUAUAAACGGACAGUUGAUGGACCACUUUUGAAAUGCCUAGAUGAAGAAAGAGCUAAAUAUGUAAUGCGUGAGAUUCCUGAAGGAAGUGAUGGAAAUCAUUUAGGGGCGAGGUCGCUAGCACAAAAGAUUGUACGCCAAGGAUACUUUUGGCCCCCGAUGGUCAAAGAUACGAAAGAGCUAGUGAAAAGAUGCGAGAGCUGCCAGAGAUACGCAUCUCUGAUACAUCAACCGGCGACCCCCAUCGAGCCGAGCAAGAUAGCCUACCCUUUCGACCAAUGGGGAAUAGAUAUUGUGGGGCUCUUCCAUCCUGCCCAAGCUCAAAAGAAAUUUAUCAUUGUAGCAGUGGAGUACUUCUCUAAGUGGGUUGAAGCGGAGGCUAUAACCAAGAUUUUCGAGAGAGAGGGAAGAAAAACCACUGAAUGGUGCAAGGAACUCAAGAUCGUACAACAUUUUACAGCGGUCGCCAAUCUCCAAGCUAACGGGCAAACUGAGGUGACGAACAGAUUGAUCUUACAGCAUUUGAAGAUACGAAUGGAGAGCAAGGGGUCUUGGGUCGAAGAAUUGCCAGGAGUUCUAUGGGCUUGUCGCACUACGCCUCGAACAGCAACAGGUGAGACCCCAUUUUUCUUGGUUUAUAGAACUGAAGCAAUAAUCCCUGCAGAAAUAGAAGAGGAGUCCCAGCGGAUCGUGAUGUACGACCCUGAAUCAAAUCAGAACGAACGAAACUCUGACCUGAUGGUCAUAGAAGAAAAGAGAGAUGCUGCAUAUGAUGAGAAAUGA